AAAAACAUCGACAUACUCGAAGAAUCGAAUUUAUACACUUCUAUUUCAAAUACAGAACCUUCUUCGAAACAAAUCUUGGUCAAUGUACGUUCCUAGAUUGAGAUAGAGAACAAAUCAUUAUUUUCCUCAGAUUUGACACUUUUUCACGCACACACUAUUUAUAUAAGCAUCUGAGGCAUUCACAAACCUCACCGUACAAACUCACCACCCAGUAACGCUAACAACUACCUAGCUAGGUCAAAAUAGAAAAAUUCACGACGAUUAAGUCCAAGAAGAAGAACAUGGAGGAGAACCAGAAGGGGAAGCAGGGCAAGGAAGAAGUGCGGUACCGUGGCGUGCGGCGGCGGCCUUGGGGGAAGUACGCGGCGGAGAUAAGGGAUCCGUCAAAGCAAUGGUCGAGGCUGUGGUUGGGGACAUUUGACACCGCUGAAGAAGCUGCUAGAGCUUAUGAUCGUGCAGCGUUUAACUUGAGAGGUCAUCUUGCAAUUCUGAAUUUUCCUAGUGAGUACUAUUCUCAGAUAAGGGGUUCACCACCUUAUCCACCUCAUUUAGCACCACCAUCUUCUUCCUCUUCUCAUGGUGGUGGAAGCACUUCUUCUUCUGCUGCAUAUCAUAGGCCUGUUUUCGAGAUUCCUUGUUUGGAUGAUAAGGUGUUGGAGGAUCUUCUUGGUCAGUCAGAGGAGCACAAGAAGAAAAAGAAGGGAGAAUAGUACUACCACUCUACUCUACCAUAAUUUAUCUGCUAUUUUCUUUUUCCUUCAUUAACAAUAUAUAGUAAUAACUCAACUUUAUCUCAUCUCUCUUCAGAUCUAGAAACAAGCAAAUAUAACUAUAGCCUUCGU